AUGGCAGCCAAUGGCUCUGGGGGGCUGCAGGAUGCUCUGCUGGACAACAGCAUCUUCAGUGACGACGACCUCGUGUCCGACUGGUACAUCUAUGAGACCAUGGAACCAGCUGUGCCCCAGGAUGACAUGUUUCCUGGUGUAAUCCCAGACUGUGAUCCCACUAUUUCUCCCAGAAUGUAUCACAUCUGUAUGGCACCUAUCUCUCUGGCAGUGCUCCUGGGAUUGUCCUUGCUGGUGAAGCGCAGGCGUCUCCACCAGAGCUGCUGGAACGGUGUCCCGGGACUGCUCAGCCCAGUCAACUUUCUGGAAGAGGAAGGCAACCGAGGGCUGGUGGCUGCAGUGUUCGGCAUCCUGUUCUCCUCCCUGUGCGUGCUGGUUCUGGACAGGGAUCCUCUGCCAUUCAUCACUCACUCCUCCCACAGCUCCAGGGAGUACUGGAAGAUCAUGGCUUUGCUGUAUUACCCAGCCUUCUACUACCCCCUGAUUGCCUGUGCCACUGUCCAGCACAGGCUCAGCUACCUCGUGGGCUGCCUGCUAUCCUGGUGCCACUGUGUGGUGCACAUCUGGCAGAAGGUGGAUUGCCCCCAGUCACCAAAGAUUUACAGGUACUACUCCAUGCUCUCCUACAUACCCAUCAUCCUCUGCCUCAUCCUCUUAAGCCUUUGGUAUCCAGCACUGCUCAUCAGGAGCUUCACUGAGGAAGAGAAGACCUUGGAUAAGGAGGUUUCAGGGAGAGGCUAUUACAAGAAGUACCUAAAGGCUGUCCUGUCUAAGCGCCCUCAGAAGGGGAGCUCCACGAAGAUAGAGGAGAGCCUCCUCUCCAGGGUCCAGACCUAUUUAUGCUCCUACAUCUACACUCCUGAGGAAGGUUUCCGGAUCCCGCUGAAGCUUGUUGUGUCCAUAGCCAUGGCUGUGAUCGCUGUCUACCAGGUCGCCCUGCUGCUCCUGGUGGCCUUCGUUCCCACCAUCCAGAUCGUGCGGGCAGGAAUGACCAAGGACAUUGUGAUGUUGCUGGUGCAGUUUGGCCUGGUGCCCUCAGACAACCCUACUGUCCCUGGGGACAUGGAGAAGGAGCUCAGCACUGUCAAGCACUACCUGUGGUCGCUGGAAGUCUGCUACAUUUGCUCACUGGUGCUGUGCUGCCUGCUGACCUGUGCCAUGCUCCUGAGGACACUGGUGAUGCACAGGAUCAACCUGAAGGCUCUCUACCAAGGUGCUGUGCUGGAUGUGUUCUACAAAGCUCAUAUCCUCCGCCCAUCCCGACAAGCCAUCGUCUGCUGGAUGAGCUUUGCCAGCUUCCAGACAGCUUUUGCCUGCUUGGGUCUUCUCAUCCAGCAAGUGAUUUUCUUCAUCUGCUCAGUGGCGUUUGCCUUCCUUGUGGUCAUCCCUCUGCAGUCUGGCACCAGCACACCCCUUUUCAAGAUCAUCCAGAACAUGUGGCCCUUCUGGUUGACCCUGGUUGUUGCUGUCAUUGUGCAAAAUCUGGCAGCCAACUACCAAUUCCUGGAGCAGCAUCCCCUCAGGAAGGAGCUCACCAACAGGCGAGCUCUCUACAUCGUCACCUACCUGCUCUUCCCCAUCAAUGUCCUGGUGGGUGUCCUGGCUGGGAUGUGGAGAUUGGUCAUUUCUGGCCUUUACAACUCCAUCCACUUCUGCCAGCUGGACAUCAGCCUGGCCUCACUGGACACAUUGACAGUGGGCUGUGUUCCCCCAGGCUACCACACUUACUGCCACUAUCUGAAGAUUGAGGUCAGCCAGUCCCACCCUGUGAUGAAAGCUUUCUGCUUCCUGCUGCUCCAGCUGGCCCAGAAGGAGGAGCCAGUGGGGCUCAGGCACAGCAACGUGGAAGAGGGCAUCCAGCUCAUGCAGCCCAAGACUGGUCUGAGCAGAGCGCAGACACGGCGGAGCCGAGCACGCUGGUGGUUGGCCUACACUCUCCUCAACAACCCCUCACUCACUGCCUGCCGGAAAACUGCCCUCUCUGACCCUACGGCCAACGGCACCCAGCUCAGCCCCACCAAGCCCUGA